GCAGGCAGCGGCUCUCGCUUUCCUGCUUGCUAGUAGCUUUCCCAUCGCACCCCACCGCGCGCUUUGUCCAGAGCCAUAUGUGUCCUUCGCGUGCACCCGUUAGUUACCCAUACCGGCCUCUCCUCCUCGUCCCUGACCCUGCCUGUCUUUCCCUCUCUGCUCGCGGCAAGAUCCACAUGCAGUAGGAGUUGUAGUAGUUUGGCGGCCUUUGUGUGUUGCUGCUACCGUUGUUUCGGCUUUCAAAUCAGGAACAACGACAGAUCCGAGGCUUUCUCGAAUCGGGCAGGUCCAUCAAAUCGCAAGUUAGCCAGCCCAGGCAGCUAGCUACCCAUCAAAUCACUCAUCAAAUCAAAGGAGACCAAAAGGAUAUCCCUGGCUCCUGCCUCCUCUCCUGCUAGUCGUAUAAAAUUCCCAUUUCCACACCGCUCCCUCGCUUCCAAGCUUCCUCGGUCUCUCGCUCCACAAAGCUAGCUUCCUUCGAUCCGCUCCUUACCCUAGCUAGAUCAAGCAAGGUGAGGAGGAGCCACACAUACAUAUACUGUUUGACUCCUCGUUGAUCGACAGCCUCGGCGCGUCAGGUGGAAGCUGCUACAUUCGGUAGAAAUCAUGAUGUCGUCCUCGUCCUCCUCGUCGGCCGCCUUCACGCUGGACCACCUCGCGCCGUCCCCCACCGAGCAGCUCUGCUACGUGCACUGCAACUGCUGCGACACCAUCCUCGCCGUCGGCGUGCCGUGCAGCAGCCUGUUCAAGACGGUGACGGUGCGCUGCGGCCACUGCGCCAACCUGCUCUCCGUCAACCUCCGCGGCCUCCUUCUUCCACCCGCGCCGCCGCCGGCCAACCAGCUCAACUUCGGCCACUCCUUGCUUUCCCCCACAUCCCCCCAUGGCCUCUUGGACGAAUUCGCGAUCCAGACGCCGAGCCUAUUUCUGGACCAGGCGACGAGCGCCAACCUGAGCGGCAUCACGGGCCGCGGCAACAGCAGCUGCGCCAGCAACGUGCCGGCCGUGCUGAUGCCGGCGGCGAAGCCCGUGCCGCAGGAGCCGGAGCUGCCCAAGAGCGCCCCGUCGGUGAACAGGCCUCCGGAGAAGCGGCAGAGAGUCCCGUCGGCGUACAACCGGUUCAUCAAGGACGAGAUUCAGCGCAUCAAGGCCGGCAACCCGGACAUCACCCACCGGGAGGCGUUCAGCGCAGCGGCAAAGAAUUGGGCCCAUUUCCCUCACAUCCAUUUCGGCCUCAUGCCGGAUCAAGGCCUCAAGAAGACCUUCAAGCCUCAGGAUGGCGCCGAAGACAUGGUUCUAAAGGAUAGUCUCUAUGCAGCGGCGGCCGCGGCAGCAGCAGCAGCCAACAUGGGUGUCACUCCGUUCUAGCUAGCUAGCUAGGCAUGCUAGCUCCAGCUUCCAAGUUCUUGUCACGCAGUAGUGGCCAUCGCACUUGUGCUUGUUCUAGGGUUUCGUCUCAGACCUUGAUCUCAAUAUCGCGUGUCGUUUAACUAGAGUACUUUUUACUGUGUGAGUAGAAAUGGAGAAUCAAGCUAGAGUAUCUAGGUUUCUGUGAUCCUCUAGGUACAGACUUGUCUUCCCUAUUUCCAUCUCCUUUUGUUUUUGCUGUUUUUCUCCUCCUUGUUUCUGUUCAUGGACCUAUUGGUCCUCUUCACCUGUAGAGAAGUCGCUGUGUGUUCCUGCCUGAUUGUGUCUGCUCUCUGCUCAAGAACAUGUUUUACCAUGGACAGCUAGCACAGCAUCUAGUGAAUCUAGCAAUGCCGGCGUGCUUUCUCUUUG